CGGGUUCCGCGGCGCGGCGGCCCGAGGCGCUGGGAAGCGCAGCCAUGGCCCUGCGGAGGCUGGGGGCCGCGCUGCUGCUGCUGCCGCUGCUCGCCGCCGUGGAAGAAACGCUGAUGGACUCCACUACUGCGACGGCUGAGCUGGGCUGGAUGGUGCAUCCCCCAUCAGGGUGGGAAGAGGUGAGCGGCUAUGACGAGAACAUGAACACGAUCCGCACGUACCAGGUGUGCAAUGUGUUUGAGUCGAGCCAGAACAACUGGUUACGGACCAAGUUCAUCCGGCGCCGUGGUGCCCACCGCAUCCAUGUGGAGAUGAAGUUCUCAGUGCGUGACUGCAGCAGCAUCCCCAGCGUGCCUGGCUCCUGCAAGGAGACCUUCAACCUCUACUACUAUGAGGCUGACUUCGACUCAGCCACUAAGACCUUCCCCAACUGGAUGGAGAAUCCGUGGGUGAAGGUGGACACCAUUGCAGCAGACGAGAGCUUCUCCCAAGUAGACCUGGGUGGCCGGGUCAUGAAGAUCAACACUGAGGUGCGGAGCUUUGGACCUGUGUCCCGCAGUGGCUUCUACCUGGCCUUCCAGGACUAUGGUGGCUGCAUGUCCCUCAUUGCUGUGCGUGUCUUCUAUCGAAAGUGUCCUCGCAUCAUCCAGAAUGGUGCCAUCUUCCAGGAGACACUGUCGGGGGCAGAGAGCACAUCGCUGGUAGCCGCCCGGGGCAGCUGCAUUGCCAACGCUGAAGAGGUGGACGUGCCCAUAAAGUUGUACUGUAACGGGGACGGCGAGUGGCUGGUGCCCAUCGGGCGCUGCAUGUGCAAAGCAGGCUUUGAGGCUGUGGAGAAUGGCACUGUCUGCCGAGGCUGCCCUUCUGGAACCUUCAAAGCCAACCAGGGGGAUGAGGCCUGCACGCACUGCCCUAUCAACAGCCGCACCACCUCCGAGGGAGCCACCAACUGCGUCUGCCGCAACGGCUACUACAGAGCGGACCUGGAUCCCCUGGACAUGCCCUGCACAACCAUCCCCUCUGCCCCCCAGGCCGUGAUCUCCAGCGUCAACGAGACCUCCCUGGUGCUGGAGUGGACCCCUCCCCGAGACUCUGGAGGCCGAGAGGACCUGGUCUACAACAUCAUCUGUAAGAGCUGCGGCUCGGGCCGGGGCGCCUGCACCCGCUGCGGCGACAACGUGCAGUAUGCACCCCGCCAGCUGGGCCUGACUGAGCCACGCAUCUACAUCAGCGACCUGCUGGCCCACACCCAGUACACCUUUGAGAUCCAGGCGGUGAAUGGAGUCACCGACCAGAGCCCCUUCUCGCCACAGUUUGCCUCGGUUAACAUCACCACCAACCAAGCAGCGCCAUCAGCCGUAUCCAUCAUGCAUCAGGUGAGCCGCACGGUGGACAGCAUCACCCUGUCAUGGUCCCAGCCGGACCAGCCCAAUGGUGUGAUCUUGGACUAUGAGCUACAGUAUUAUGAAAAGCAGGAGCUCAGUGAGUACAACGCCACAGCCAUAAAAAGCCCCACCAACACGGUCACUGUGCAGGGCCUCAAAGCCGGCGCCAUCUAUGUCUUCCAGGUGCGGGCACGCACCGUGGCAGGCUACGGGCGCUACAGCGGCAAGAUGUACUUCCAGACCAUGACAGAAGCCGAGUACCAGACCAGCAUCCAGGAGAAGCUGCCUCUCAUCAUCGGCUCCUCGGCGGCCGGCCUGGUCUUCCUCAUUGCUGUGGUUGUCAUAGCCAUUGUGUGUAACAGAAGACGGGGGUUUGAGCGUGCCGAUUCGGAGUACACAGACAAGCUGCAGCACUACACCAGUGGCCACAUGACCCCAGGCAUGAAGAUCUACAUCGACCCUUUUACCUAUGAGGACCCCAACGAAGCUGUGCGGGAGUUUGCCAAGGAAAUUGACAUCUCCUGUGUCAAAAUCGAGCAGGUGAUUGGAGCAGGGGAGUUUGGCGAGGUCUGCAGUGGUCACCUGAAGCUGCCAGGCAAGAGAGAGAUCUUUGUAGCCAUCAAGACACUCAAGUCAGGCUACACGGAGAAGCAGCGGCGAGAUUUCCUAAGCGAGGCAUCCAUCAUGGGCCAGUUCGACCACCCCAAUGUCAUCCACUUGGAGGGUGUUGUCACCAAGAGCACGCCUGUGAUGAUCAUCACCGAGUUCAUGGAGAAUGGCUCCCUGGACUCCUUCCUCCGGCAAAACGAUGGGCAGUUCACAGUCAUCCAGCUGGUGGGCAUGCUGCGGGGCAUCGCGGCGGGCAUGAAGUAUCUGGCAGACAUGAACUACGUGCACCGCGACCUGGCUGCCCGCAACAUCCUUGUCAACAGCAACCUGGUCUGCAAGGUGUCUGACUUUGGGCUCUCACGCUUCCUGGAGGAUGACACUUCAGACCCCACCUACACCAGCGCCCUGGGGGGAAAGAUCCCCAUCCGCUGGACAGCUCCAGAAGCCAUCCAGUACCGGAAGUUCACCUCGGCCAGUGAUGUGUGGAGCUAUGGUAUCGUCAUGUGGGAGGUGAUGUCCUAUGGGGAGCGGCCUUACUGGGACAUGACCAACCAGGACGUAAUCAAUGCAAUUGAGCAGGACUACAGGCUACCACCACCCAUGGACUGUCCGAGUGCCCUCCACCAGCUCAUGCUUGACUGCUGGCAGAAGGACCGCAACCACCGGCCCAAGUUCGGCCAGAUCGUCAACACAUUGGACAAGAUGAUCCGAAACCCCAACAGCCUCAAAGCUAUGGCGCCCCUUUCCUCUGGCAUCAACCUGCCGCUUUUGGACCGCACGAUCCCCGACUACACCAGCUUUAACACAGUGGACGAGUGGCUGGAGGCCAUCAAGAUGGGGCAGUACAAGGAGAGCUUCGCCAACGCCGGCUUCACCUCCUUCGAUGUCGUGUCUCAGAUGAUGAUGGAGGACAUUCUGCGGGUUGGGGUCACCUUGGCGGGCCACCAGAAAAAAAUCCUGAACAGUAUCCAGGUGAUGAGGGCCCAGAUGAACCAGAUCCAGUCUGUGGAGGUUUGAUGCUUGCCUGCCUCGGCUUGCCUCUUCCUCCAGGCUGCCCCCUCCGCCCCACACCGGCCCCCUGGUGCUCCAUUCUCUGCAGGGUCGGCUGCCGGCCUGAGGCCACGGGCAGCAGGAGGAACCAAGCAGCGCUCCAGCCACGAGACGCCACCAAGAACACGUGCAGCUCAAACGAUGGAAUCAAAAGGGAAUGGGGGGAAGAGAAACAAGAUCUGGGAGGGGGCGGGAAAUACAAGGAACAUUUUUAAAAGAGGAUUCUCAUAAGGAAAGCGACGAUGGUUCUUGGGAGAAAAAUAGGGCUUGGGAGAUCCAUGCGAUUUGUCCAAUCGGAGACCAAAAGCAGUUUCUCUUCAACUCCCUCUGGAAAGUGACCUGGCCAGAGCCAAGAAACACUUUCAGGAAAACAAAUGUGAAGGGGAGAGAUGGACAGGACUGCCCUUGGGCCACUCUUGGGGGCCUCACUCAACAGCAGAGCACCAGACAGAGGGGGCAGGUGAAUGGGUGGUCGCCACAGAACCACUCUGGGAGAAUCCAUUCCAGCUGCUGGCAGGCAAAUGAAGUUUUCUGUCUUUGGAGAGUAUUUUAGAAACUCCAAUGAGAGAGACUGUUUCCGCUGUUGGUUCAUGGGGCUGAGAAGGGGCCCUUGUCCUCCUGGGCCAGGGAGAGCAGGGGCCACCAGGCAGAUGGCCUUCCUGAGGAUGCCACCCCAGGCCUGCAGCUCCGCGUGCCAGCGGCCUGACCUGCCUGGAGGAUGGAUGCUGCAGUGACUGUCAUCAGCGACGACUGCCACUGAGAAGGGUUGACCUUGCAACUGGGUUUGUUUACAGCGAUGCGUGGACUCUAGGGUAUUUUGGUCAGGGGUGGUUUUGGUUUGGGGGGUUUGUUCGUUGGGUUUUUGUUUUGGUUUGGUUUUUUUUGUUUUUUUUUUUAAAUGACAAUGAAGUGACACUUUGACGUUUCCUACCUUUUGAAGACUUGAUCCUUCUCCAGGAAGAAGGUGCUUUCUGCUUACUGACUUAGGCAAUACAGCAAGGGCAAGAUUUUAUAUGCACAUUUCUGGAUUUUUUAUAUGGUUUUCAUUGACACCCUUCCCUCCUCCCACCUGCUACCAGGCCUCACCAAAGCCAACUGCCACGGGGCCAUCUGGGCCAUUCAGAGACUUGAGUGAGACUUGGAGAAAUGGGGGGAGGCACCAGGGUAGAGGAGCAUCCUACCCAGGACUGCUUUUGCAGGUGGCAGAUUGAGGCAGAAGUGAGCUCCAGGGCUGGAAGGCCUUGCCCACUUGCCCACUUGCCCACUCUCUUCCUGCCCCUUUCUAUUCAGUACCUCCCAGGGACACAGGCCCCUUGAGGUCCCUGAGUGCCCGCAGAUGGCCGAACCCAGCUUUCCCUCUGGGAGCCUCAACAGGCUGCACGGGAGGCCAGGACCCGGAUCAUUCACUGUGAUACCCUAGCCCUCCAGAACUACCCUCCGAGACACGGGCAGCUUGCUCCUCCUUCCAGGGGAGAAAGUGUGUGACUCCUCUCCCUUCUCCUCCCUUCACCAGGCCUUUGCCCCAGGCUGAAGGUCCCGGGCACAGGGAGACCAUCAUCCAGAGCGUGGCCUCAGGUUCCCACCUAUGAGCAAGUGCAGGCCCCUGAGCGGAACAAUCGGCUAAUGAACUGAAUGGAAAUAAACACUUUAGUUAUAAAAUGACCCCUGUUCUCUGCAAGUUCCAAGAGGAGACCGUGGCACCCUUGAGAUGUGCCAAGUAAUUCAAACAGCUUUUCCAGGGGGACUGUGCCUCCCUCAGGUUCAGGAAGACCCAGGGCUGAGAAAACUUGGAGGGCAAACAAGGCCCCAUGGGGCCUUUCUGGCUCUGGACCAUCAAAUGCACAGGCAGCAAAGGAACUACAUUGGAAGUGGGUCAGAACUCAUCAUCUGGUGCCCUGGGAAUCAGGGUGAGCCACUGCAGGUCCAUCAGCAGCAGAGAGUAGUCAGGGGAGCACUCACACACCUGAGCCAGAGGCAGGGGGCUCUGGGGUCUGGUGAGCUAUGAUCAGGGUGGACUAUGAUGGUGAGAGGUGAGGAUGCCCAGUCAGAGCCACAAGUCCUGUCAUUUUAUCUGGGCCCUGCUCAUUUCCUCUGUGUAUCUGGGCUCCUACUCAUCCUAAGGUCAGAAGUCUGAGUGGCAGGAGGCAGGCAGACUUGUUCUGAGUAUCAGGUCUGGCUGAGGUGGGAUAGCCAGGGAUGUCUCAUCCUAGCACCUUGCCCUUUGUUUGCAGAACUUCUUUGAGGAGACUGCAGGGUGGGAAAGGUUGAGGCCACAGCCCACCAGCUAAGGCCCCGCAGUCAGCACAUCCAGCACAGACCAGCCUGUCAUCUGUCGCUCACCUGUUCUCAAAGCCUGUGAUACAAGGGGAAGGAAGGGAUUAGAGAGGAGACUGGGCCCCUGGGGGGACAGCAGGGCAAGCCACAGGAAAGGGCUGGCAGGUUUCCCACAAACUGGCCGACAGUGGCCCACCGGCCAUCCCUUUGUGUCCCAAAGAUGCCCGGUGCGGGUGGCAGCUGUCCCACACACAAGGUCACCUUCUGGCGGGAGCAGCCUUGAUGAUCUUCAGAUUAACUCUGUCUCCCAAGCCUGCUCCCUGCUGCUCUGGGGCCUCACAGGGGCUGGCAAUCGGUGCUUCCAUCAGAUGGCUUCCUGUCCUAGGCCACUAGGCUGGUGCCUUGUGCCAGCAUGUGUGCCCAUCCACCCUCUGGGGCCUGAGCACUUCAGUGGACCUGAACCCCACAUACCUGCUUCCUAAAUUACAGGUGCUACUCAGGCCCUCUGUCUCCUCUUCAGGUUAUCAGACAUCACUGUGACCAUCUGGGGUACAGGCACCUCUCUCUUCCUCCAUGCAGGGCCAGUCACCCCACCACCUCUCCCUUGUUGCUUGGCGGGGAGCGGUAGUUCAUGCUGCCAACCGCCUUCCACUUACGCUACCCGCUCGCCUGGGCACAUGGCUUGGAGCUACCCGCUGCCUGGUUACUAAUCCUUUCCUGGCUCAACCUCCCCAAAUGCCACCCCCACCUACCCAGCAGUGUGAGAGGAGCUUCCGGCUGCUCAGCACACAGUUGGUUCUUGAGGAAAGCAAGCUGCCUUGUGAACCUCAGCCAGGGCACCAUGGAAAUGGGGCCAGCCGCUCUGGGAGGAUGUGAAUGGCAGAGCCGUGCAGGGCCAGGCUGGGUAAGAGAGCCAUGCACCCGCACCCGCCCCUCCUGAUCCAGGAGCCUCCCAAACAGAUCGUUGUUGGCAGUCAUCAGCAGCCUCUUUCUGGGGAUGAAACUCUAAAUACCUACCCCUGGGAAGACAUGGGCCCAGCAAUCUGUAUGGAGGAUAGCCUUAGUCCUUGGCCCAGGACCUCAGGGAAGCGGCUAGAGUGAUGGUGAUAAGGACCAUGGGAGCACUUCAGAGGCUCAGAGCAGGGACUGUUUACUAACCAAUGGCGCCUCUUGCUCCCAUGGCACCAGCUGCACUCUCCCCAUCAUUUCUAGCUGGUCCCCACCCUAUCACAGUCUGGGAGUGCUUUGCUACUCCUUUGUGAGCAGUCACCAGCCUCACACCCCUCACAGAUCAGGGCUUCAUGUGCUCAGCUCAUCCUCAUGCCUAGCUGAAGCACAGGAAGAACUCAGGCCCUAGACCACCCCAUCCCCACCCUCGUGCCAGGUCCUUGGCCACUCCCAGCUCUCUUUGGGGUCCCUGGGGUUCCAAGAUGGCACCCAAGGCUGGAAGACUCUCACCAGGGAAAAAUCAGGUCAAUGCACUCAAAGCACAGGAUGCAGCAUGAUGCAUCCUGACCUCAGGGUGGCAGCCUGUCCCAUCUCUGACUGGGACAUGGAUCUUGGGAGACGCUGCCCCUCACUGGGCCUCAGUUUUCCAUCUACAAAAUGGGAGCACUAGAAUGGGUGAGCCAGGCCUGCAAAGCCUCGGUCCUGUGAGGAGGGACUAUUUCUCUCCUAAGAGAGAAACUGAGGCCCAGAGGGGUGAAGUAGCUUGCUCAGGAUUACCUCUCCAGGGUGGAGCAGACCAGGGUCUUGCACCUUGAUUUAUCUGUUUCUAGUCCCCACUCCACCAUGUUCAGUUAGAUGGCAGGAAGUACUUUGCGUCUGGUGCUGUGUGUGAGAAAGCUUAAAUGGGCUGGAGCUAUUAGGGAAGGCUUCCUUGGGGAGGUUGACUUGAAAACAAGCUUGAAAGGUCCCUCAGCCAUGUAUUAGGCAGAAUGGUCCAAUGUGGUCGCAGCUUGCAUCUGGAUGGGCCAGAGCAGUAGCAGAAGAGGUGCAGGUUGAUGUGAGGGGAGGUUGAAGCAGUUUGGGCAUUCUGUACAGUACAGCCACAGAAGAUCUUGACCAGAGGGGGCAGGGAACAUCAGGUUCCAGGGAGAGGAGUCAGUUCCACCAUCAGAUGGGCAGGAUGCCUCCCAGCGACCCACCCUUCCCCCUGGGAGGAAGAGCACCCAGCACAGCCCUCACUGAUUCCUGGAGAAUCCGGGCCCUGCUGUUGCAGUUCCAUGCUCACUGAAGAAGAUAAUCCAAAGAGUCACUUCAGCUGCUGGGAACAGCAGGGUGGAGUUUUGUGCUACAUGAUUCUUUAUUUUUUAGUACUGGGGAUUGAACUCGGGACCUUGCGCUUGCCAGGCAGUCGGUGGAACCAGUGCUAAAUCCCCAGCACUGUGCUACAUGAUUCUUAACUCAGUCAUGCCCACCAUUUCCUCCAGGAAAUGGGGACAGCAGGGAGUGAGGGAGGAGAGAGCUGCCAGGCAUCAAGGGAGCUAGGCCUAGGAGCUGUAUUGUGGGCUUGAAAAACUGUUCAGGAAUCCCAUCGCUGUCCGGUCACCCUAGCCUGAGACAGAUCACCCAGACUUGUUGGACAAGGCCUGGGGUCCUGUCCUUUUCAAGAACGUAUUAUUCUGCGGGAGCCCAAAGGAAAGUUUAGGGAGCCCCAGUGCACUGUGUGAUGCUACACACCCAGGCGCCAGCCUCAAUCCAGAUGCCCUUCGAUCAGCUCCUAUUUAGGGAGGAGAAUGUUUGAUGCUGAUCAGUUUCCCUUUCAGGGAAACCAAGGUUGGUAUGUGAGUUGCAGGAAAGGAUUUGGCCUUUGUCUUUUUUUAUUUUUUUGUUUUUGUAAUGCCAGUGAUGGAACCCAGGGAUUUGUGCAUGCUAGGCAUGCCCUCGAGCACUAAGCUGCACACCCAGCCCAGGCUUUGUCUUUACACAGAAAGAGAGUGGGCUCAGGACAGAAGGGCAGGACCGUUCAGAGGCUAGUCUCAGGAGGGCGAAGCCAUAAGGACUGCAAUCAUAACUGAACACUCGGCUAUGCCAGGUGCUAAGUACUGUCCUCCCCCACUUUAUAAGUCAGCAAACAUAUUCCCAUAGAAUUCCACCCAGGCAUCUACUUGAAGUCCCUCCUUCCCACCACCCAGAUGCUCUUGAAUUGUUUGCCAUGGCCCACCUGGGUCAGAAUCUCCCAGGAUACUUACUGUUUAACCUCCAGAUUCUUAGGCUCUAUCUUGGACCCCUAAAUCAGAAUCCCCUGAAGUCAGGCCUAGGCCUCUGUUUUGUUUUAUUUUUUGGUACUGGGGAUCGAACUCGGGUCCUUGCGCUUGCACAGCAGGCGGAGAAACCACUGAGCUAAAUCCCCGGCCCAAGCCUCUGUUUUUGACACUAAGAAAUUCCUGCAGACACUGAAAUCUUCACUUCUCUCGUCACAAACUGGGCCCUGAUGUCUGCAGAGGGAGGGUCUGGCAUAGACAGGGAUUAGAAAAAAGCUGAGCACAGUCAGAUAAAAUGCCCACAUUCAGACAUAGACUAGGACCCUCAACGUGGAGGGACAGGGCUGACCUUCUGGAAUGUGUUUGGCCUGAGCUAAGAUUUCAGGAAAAUUAGAAAUACCGCCCCAGACCCACAGUCCAUCUGAGUUCAGCUUCGCAGCAUGAAGGCUGCCUCAGGAAAGCUGAGAUAGCAAGAAGCAGUGGGAAUUUAAUACUUCAGAGGGGCCCAGCAACCCACCCAGAGCCACCCUGUGGAGACCCCACAGACCCUAACACUGCAGUGCAGGCCUGUCACUCAACACCUGGCCAGGUGGGCUGGGCAAAGGCAGGGUGGGGCUUCCAGCUGGAGGUGGUAGUUCAGAGGCCCAGCCCCAGUCCCCUCUACCCAGCCUGACAUGGCUUUCCCUGGGGGAGGCAGAGGGAGGAAAGGCUCUAACAGCCCCUGUUGGACCAGAGGGCUCUGAGCACUAGCAAGGGAGCAGUGGAAGGAGGAAGGAGGAGGAGGUCAGGAAACUAUCUUAGAGGAGGUCACAGCCAGGGCCACAUAGGCUCUACAGACCUGCUGAGCCUGCAAGAGUCAGGAAUUCUAACAUUCCACGGACAAGAGAGUCUGAGAUUCUAAGAUUGCAAAAGUAAUUCCAAUGGAGGGAUUCUGUGUUUGUAAAAUUCCAUCACUAGAUGAUUCUAUGCUGCUAUUCUUGAAAUUUCAAGUCCCAUCAUUCAUCUCUGGUCCCCAAACCCAAGGACCCCAGCAAGAAAAAAAAAAAAAAAAAA